AUGGGGCUGCUGUUUGGUAUAUGCAUCUAUUUGCUUUUUGGCAGCACCUUGGCUGUGGAUCGGGGGAACUUCAAAACCUGCGAUCAGAGUGCCUUUUGCAAGCGUCAGAGGGCAAUGAAGCCGGGUCAGUCUCCGUACCGAGCUUUACUGGAUACUCUGGAGCUGAGCGACUCCAGACUUACUUUGCAGCUCAUUAAUGACAACAACAAGGUACACUUGCUGUUGGAGCUGUACAGGCUGCAGGGAAACAUCACUCGUGUAAAAAUAAAUGAGCUGAAACCCCUGAAGCCUCGUUAUGAGGUGCCAGACGUGUUGGUGGGGGAUCCUUCCACUCAGCCGUUGUCCGUGCUGUCUAAGGAUGAUAACGGCAUGGUGCUGUCUCUGGGAGCAGAAAGCCAGAGGUUGAUAGUUAGUGCUCGCCCGUUCAGGCUGGACAUCAUGGAGGGACCUGAAUUGCUGCUCUCGCUCAACUCUCGUGGCCUUCUGGCUUUUGAGCAUCUACGGCUACGUAAAGACACUCAAGCAGAUCCGGAGGGUGCAGAAGUGAAAGAGAAUACAGAUGGAGAGGAGCAGCAGGACGAGGAGAAAAAAGAAGAAGAUGGAGGAAAAGAUAAUGAAGAUGGCUUGUGGGAAGAGACUUUUAAGUCGCACACAGACAGUAAACCCAACGGCCCUACAUCGAUUAGUUUAGACUUUUCUUUGCCUGGAGUGGAACAUGUAUACGGCAUACCAGAACAUGCGGACAGUCUCAAACUCAAAACAACAGAUGCGGGAGACCCCUACAGGUUAUAUAAUCUGGACGUGUUUCAGUAUGAACUCUAUAAUCCUAUGGCUUUAUAUGGAUCAGUGCCAGUAAUGCUGGCUCAUAAUGCGCAGAGAACAAUGGGCAUCUUCUGGCUUAAUGCUGCUGAGACCUGGGUGGACAUCAGCUCCAAUACUGCUGGCAAAACAGUGUUCGGGAAGAUGCUGGACUUUGUUCAGGGCUCCAGUGAGACUCCUCAGACUGAUGUGCGCUGGAUUUCUGAGAGUGGCAUCAUCGAUGUCUUUAUCAUGCUCGGACCAAAACCCUCUGACGUAUUCACUCAGUACGCCUCACUUACAGGCACACAGGCCUUUCCUCCUCAGGCUGCUCUUGCCUACCACCAGUGCCGUUGGAACUAUAAUGACCAGGAUGAUGUGAAGGCUGUGGACCAGGGCUUUGAUGAGCACGACAUACCGUACGACUUCAUCUGGUUGGACAUUGAGCACACAGAUGGCAAACGCUACUUCACCUGGGACCCCCAUAAGUUCUCUCAGCCCAAAGAGAUGCUGCAAAACAUCAUGGACAAGAGGCGCAAGAUGGUGACCAUUGUAGAUCCUCACAUUAAGAUAGACAGCGGAUACAAGAUUCACAAUGAGAUAAGUGCCAAAAACUUCUACGUCAAAAACAAAGACGGCAGAGACUACGAAGGAUGGUGCUGGCCAGGAAACGCUGGUUACCCUGACUUUACGAAUCCAGAGAUGAGAGCUUGGUGGGCCAGUAUGUUUGCAUACGAUCAGUAUGAGGGUACGCUGGAGAACUUGUACACUUGGAACGAUAUGAACGAGCCAUCUGUGUUUAACGGUCCAGAGGUCUCCAUGUACAAAGAUGCAGUGCAUGGCAACUGGGAGCACAGGGAUGUGCACAACCUCUAUGGUUUCUAUGUGCAAAUGGCUACAGCUGAAGGUCUGGUUCAGAGGUCUGGAGGAACGGAAAGGCCUUUUGUUCUCACCAGAUCGGUCUUUGCUGGUUCCCAGAGAUUUGGUGCUGUGUGGACUGGAGAUAAUGCAGCCGAGUGGGACCACCUGAAGAUCUCUAUCCCCAUGUGUCUGAGCCUGAGCCUGGUGGGCCUUUCUUUCUGUGGAGCUGAUGUUGGUGGUUUCUUUAAAAACCCCAGUACUGAGCUGCUGGUACGUUGGUACCAGACUGGUGCGUACCAGCCAUUUUUCCGUGCACAUGCUCACUUAGACACCACCAGGCGGGAGCCAUGGUUGUUUGGCCCUGAGAACACUGCUCUCAUGCGUGAUGUCGUCCGCCAACGUUAUGCACUCCUGCCAUACUGGUACCAGCAGUUCUAUCAUGCAUACAAGAGUGGACAGCCUGUAAUGAGGCCUCUGUGGGUUGAGUAUCCUAAGGAUGCAGCUACUUUUACAAUUGAUGAUGAGUUUCUGAUCGGGCGAGAUUUGCUGGUCCACCCGGUCACUGAGGAGGGAGCACGAGGGGUCACAGCCUACCUGCCUGGAACAGAUGAGGUUUGGUAUGAUGUCCACACAUUCCAGAAACACAGUGGUGCUCAAAACCUCUACAUCCCGGUCACCAUGAGCUCUAUCCCAGUGUUCCAGCGUGGAGGUUCCAUAAUUCCUAGAAAGGUCAGAGUUAGACGGUCAUCCGCAUGCAUGGAGAAUGAUCCAUACACCCUGUAUGUGGCCCUCAGUCCGGAGGGAAUUGCUGAAGGAGAGCUCUACAUAGAUGAUGGUCACACCUUUGACUUCCAAACAAAGAAACAAUUUAUUCACCGCAGCCUUACAUUCGCCCACAACUCUUUGACAUCCAGAAACUUGUGCCCGGAGUGCAAAUUCUUCACUAAAUCUUGGAUUGAAAAGGUUUUCAUAUUGGGAGCCAAAAAGCCCAACAAGGUUGUUCUUCAGACAGACGGCCAAGCUACUGCUGUAGAGUUUGAGUUUGAUGCCUCACUGGCACUGUUGACCCUGCGCAAGCCUGGCAUGAACGCUGGAGCAGACUGGACCGUGCUGCUGCAGUAACACACUGGAGAAAACGUGAAGUCUGGUGGUGAAGGUGCAGGAUCCAAACACAGUUCAGACAUGUGACCAAGACCUGGUGGAUUAUUAAGACCAACCAAGAGAUGAUAAACCUACAACCACAAGACUUGAAAAACAUGUUUUUUUUGUGAACUUAAACACUGUAUUGGAAAAGAAUUUAAAAAAAAAACAAGUGGGGAAAUCAGGGUUACAUAAAUAUAUAUGGGGUUAGUUAGGUUUGGGGGUCCAAAUGAGUGUAGGGAUGUUUUAGGUUUUAAAUUUCAGAAAAGAAAAAAUUCUUAACUAUUUUCUUGUAGUUAAUGGAGUUAAAUUGUUUAAGAUGUUUUCAUUUGCCUGUGAUUGAAAGGAACAAAGUGUUUUUUUUUUGGUUUUUUUUUUUAUCAUUUUGAUUAAACAUUGUAUUUUGAAGCCAAUUGCUCCCCAGUGAAUAAUGUGGCCCAGUUGUGUGAUUUUUAGGUAGCAGUGUUUGUACAGCUGGCACCCCAAACUAAAAUCUGAUUUAGGGAGAAUUAACCACUGACCUGUUGGGAGAUACAAUAUGCAGUUUCUUUUUUAUGAUUUUGUUGACUUUUUCCAUUUUUUGUAUUUCUAGAGCACUUAAAUAUUUCUGAAGGUGAUUAGAUAUUUUGGGCAAAAAAAAAAUCGGUCCCAUGUUUACAAUUAAGUCACCAACUUUGGCUAUGUAGUGAUGUGAAGUUUAUGGGUUUUCUGUUUUGCUGAGGAGAUGCAGACACGGUCUGUAAAUUGAGUGAUAUUGUUCAAUAUUAAUUGAUUUUUAAUGUACAUUCCUACCUUCUCUGCCUAUGUGAUCACACUAGACUCCCUCCUUGCUUUAGUAAAUACCACACAUACGCAAUGUGAUGUUUUAAGGGACUCCAAAAGGAAAUAUUUGUCUUGAUAAUUCUCACAGGCUGUGAUUGGUUUAAUGAUAUUACGAAUGACUCUUUAGCCAAGAUGUUAAUAAACACACUCUUAAACAUG